AUGGGGAACCGGGAGAUGGAGGAGCUGAUACCUCUGGUGAACCGUCUGCAGGACGCCUUUUCAGCGCUGGGACAGAGCUGCCUCCUGGAGCUGCCGCAGAUCGCUGUGGUGGGCGGCCAGAGCGCCGGCAAGAGCUCGGUGCUCGAGAACUUCGUGGGCAGGGACUUUCUCCCUCGAGGGUCGGGCAUUGUAACAAGACGACCUCUUGUGCUGCAGCUUGUUACUUCCAAAGCAGCCCUAUAUAUUCCUAUUUAUUUUCUUCCUGAGGAAACAAACCGUGAUAUUUUACUGACCGACCAGCAACAGAAACUUCUCAAUGAGAUAACCAAUUCAUGUAUUGAAGGUAGAUGUAAGACUCUCCCUUUCCACACAGUGUUGAAUCUAACCCUUAUCGACCUGCCUGGAAUAACUAAAGUGCCCGUGGGAGAUCAGCCACCAGAUAUUGAGUAUCAGAUCAGAGAAAUGAUUAUGCAGUUCAUCACGAGGGAGAACUGUUUGAUUUUGGCCGUUACCCCUGCCAACACUGAUCUUGCAAACUCAGAUGCACUGAAGCUAGCUAAAGAAGUUGAUCCUCAAGGUCUGAGAACCAUUGGAGUCAUCACCAAACUGGAUCUUAUGGAUGAAGGGACAGAUGCCAGGGACGUCCUAGAGAACAAGCUGCUGCCUCUCCGCAGGGGUUACGUGGGGGUGGUAAACAGAAGCCAGAAGGACAUAGAUGGGAAGAAGGACAUUAAGGCGGCCAUGUUGGCGGAGAGGAAAUUUUUUCUUUCCCACCCGGCUUACAGGCAUAUUGCUGAUCGAAUGGGGACCCCACACCUUCAGAAGGUCCUUAAUCAGCAACUUACCAACCACAUUCGAGAUACGCUGCCUAACUUUAGGAACAAACUCCAGGGACAGUUGCUGUCCAUAGAACACGAAGUAGAAGCCUACAAAAACUUCAAACCAGAAGACCCCACCAGGAAGACCAAAGCAUUGCUGCAGAUGGUUCAGCAAUUUGCCGUGGACUUUGAGAAGAGAAUCGAAGGUUCAGGGGACCAAGUGGAUACCCUGGAACUCUCGGGUGGUGCUAAAAUCAAUCGUAUUUUCCACGAACGCUUUCCUUUUGAGAUAGUAAAGAUGGAGUUCAAUGAGAAAGAAUUGCGAAGAGAAAUAAGCUAUGCAAUCAAAAACAUACACGGAAUCAGGACAGGGUUGUUUACUCCAGAUAUGGCAUUUGAAGCAAUAGUCAAGAAACAGAUUGUGAAGCUGAAAGGGCCUUCCUUGAAGAGUGUAGAUCUGGUAAUACAAGAAUUAAUCAACACAGUCAAAAAGUGUACCAAAAAGCUGGCAAACUUCCCCAGACUCUGCGAGGAAACGGAAAGGAUCGUUGCAAACCACAUUCGUGAGCGGGAAGGGAAGACGAAGGACCAGGUCCUCCUCUUGAUUGAUAUCCAAGUCUCCUACAUCAACACCAACCACGAAGACUUCAUCGGCUUCGCAAAUGCUCAGCAGAGGAGCAGUCAGGUUCACAAGAAAACCACAAUUGGAAAUCAGGGAACCAAUCUUCCGCCUUCAAGGCAAAUUGUGAUUCGCAAGGGGUGGCUGACCAUCAGCAACAUCGGCAUCAUGAAAGGGGGCUCCAAGGGAUACUGGUUCGUCCUUACUGCAGAGAGCUUGUCGUGGUAUAAAGAUGAUGAGGAAAAAGAAAAGAAGUACAUGCUUCCCUUGGACAACUUGAAAGUUCGAGAUGUGGAAAAGAGCUUUAUGUCUAGCAAGCACAUUUUUGCACUCUUUAAUACAGAGCAAAGGAAUGUAUACAAAGACUAUCGCUUCCUUGAGCUGGCAUGUGACUCCCAGGAGGAUGUAGACAGCUGGAAGGCAUCUCUGCUGAGAGCUGGAGUCUAUCCUGAUAAAUCUUUAACUGAAAAUGAUGAGAAUGGCCAAGCAGAAAACUUCUCCAUGGAUCCACAGUUGGAGAGACAAGUGGAAACCAUCCGCAACCUGGUAGACUCCUACAUGUCCAUUAUCAACAAAUGUAUCCGCGAUCUAAUUCCAAAAACGAUAAUGCACCUUAUGAUCAAUAACGUUAAAGACUUCAUAAAUUCAGAGCUCCUAGCACAAUUGUAUUCCUCAGAGGACCAAAACACGCUGAUGGAGGAAUCAGCUGAGCAGGCGCAGCGCCGGGAUGAGAUGCUUCGAAUGUACCAAGCCCUUAAGGAGGCCCUUGUGAUCAUCGGCGACAUCAACACAGCCACUGUGUCCACCCCCGCCCCGCCCCCGGUGGAUGACUCCUGGAUACAGCACUCUCGCAGGUCACCUCCUCCAAGCCCCACAACCCAAAGGAGGCCAACUCUGAGCGCACCUCUCACCAGGCCAGCAUCCGGCCGGGGACCAGCACCGGCCAUUCCCUCCCCGGGCCCCCACUCGGGGGCUCCCCCUGUCCCAUUCCGUCCCGGCCCAUUACCUCCUUUUCCCAACAGCAGCGACUCCUUUGGAGCCCCUCCGCAAGUCCCAUCGCGGCCCACCCGGGCCCCGCCCAGCGUUCCAAGGCGAGCCCCUCCUGCAGUUCCAGGAAGACCAUCCUAACCCCCGUCAUUCAUCUCCUUUUGUUUCCAACAACAUGUCCACCCAUGGUAUUUAAAAGCCUUUCAUUUGCACUAUAUGUCACAUGUACAUAAAAACUUUUAUUUUUGAUC